CUGCACCUACAUGAAGACAUGACAGGGAAUCCCCCAGACUUUGGUGGAGAAUAUAGCUGGCAGUAAAAACUGGGGCGUGAAAACUGAGGAUCCAGUAUGAAAUUACAGCAGAGCAUCAGGAGAGGCCUGCUGCAGACCACACCGUUAGUCUGACCCUCCACAAGAAAACAAAGUAGUAACCGAGUCCACAGGAAGAAUGUGAAGAGUGAUUAAAAGAUCAGCGUGAUCAUGCAAAUGUGGACCUCUGACCCCUGAGAAGACUAGAAGCAGGCCGGAGAGGCUCUCAGAGCCCAGAUUCGAGCCACUCCUCCAGGCAGAUGCCCAGGCACUGGUCCCCGGCCGGGACCCCCAGCGGCCCCGGGGUCCAGGCCCAGGGAGCCAAGACCAGCAGGAGUCAACCCAACCCCCCCCCCCCCCUUCCCACACACACACACACACACACACACACACACACACACAGGCAGUCAACCCUAAACUAAACACACUCACAUUGCCUGCCGUCACCAACCCGUCACGUACUGUGGAGACCCCCCCAGAUGCAGGGGAACACCCCAGUUUGACGUCAGCUGGCGUCACGACUGGGAGGAUUUAGGACUCUGCUGCUGACAGCUUCCUUCAGAGAUCCACAUCACCACUGCAGCGCUUCUGGAUCGACAUGCUCACGUCUCACUGUGGGAGAAGCACCGCUCCUGUGAGGCUGAUUCAGAAUGGGCUCAGCUUCGCAUUGGUCAACAUUUCAAGUUCCACACUUUCCUAAACACACCUUUAAAAUGAGCUUUUAAAGAAAGCUUAUCGUCCACAGCUUAACUGACCGAAUGGGCCGUCAGCUGUUCCACUUCACAGCAGUGUGCAGUGUCUGUCUUCACAGGUGUUGACACAUCUGUCCUUCAUCUGCAGCUUUGUGUCGUGUCAACCCUCCCACUCCAGAGUGACACCUUCGUCCCAAAUACAGUUUUAAUGCUCUUCUCUUAUUUUUCUGGGAACUUUAGUCAUCCUGUUAAUAGUUUUACUGCUGCAUGGGUUCUGCUGGUUGUUGUGUGUGGUGUCAUUAUGUUGCUUGUGUUGUUCAAGGUCUCCACACGCUGAGCAUUUCAGAGCUGUCUGCUCAUGUCUAACUUGAUUGCAGGCUGCAGUGGACUCCUUUCUCCUCCCCUCCCCUCCCCCUCCCUCUCCUCAGCUCUUGAGUUCAGGGGGUUGACCAAGUGCCGCACGCUGUUGCUCAUUUCUUGAGGUGUCCCGCCUCUCCAGCUCUCGCUGUAGUCCAGUCCAGCUCCAGCUCCAGCCCCAGCCCCAGUCCUAGUCCAGUGCAGGCUGGCAGCAGAUCUCUGCUGAACUUUUGAAGCUGGCCUGGUCUCUGCGGACAGAAGACGUGCAGCCGAGUUCAGAUCCUGGUAAGCCCCCCCCAUGUGCCUGCAGGAGGCCUGCCUCCUGGUGACAGUGGGUGGAGGAUGGCGCUGCAGAAGAAGGUGCUCCUCGCCACGCUGACCGGCGCCUCCCUGCUGUGUGUCUACGUCCUUCGUCUGAACCUGGAGGGGCCACGGUCCUGGUCCAUCAGACCCCUGGGACCUUUCUACAGACUCUCAGCGGGGGUGUUCAGGAGUUCUGAGAACUCUGAGCAGCUUACUCCUCCUCCUGACCCACAAGGCAGCGAUGAGCAGCUGACCCGGCCUCCCUACACCUCUCUUCUGGCCAAGCUGUGCAGUCUGGAGCUUUGAAGAGUCCUAUGGCUGCUGCCACGACCAAACGGGCUCAAAAAGGCGUCCCCGACAUCUCCAAACCCAUAACCGAAGGUCAGGCGAAAAGUCUCACAGAGCGACCUCCAAAAGCCCCUGGCCCUACGGAGCCGUCCUUCAUUGGCGCUCCUACAUGAAUGGAGACAUCCUCUGCAAACAGACUGCAAAGACGGCAUUCGGACAGCGGGUGGGAGCCACCGUCUUUGGAGAGCGGUUUCUGGAGCGUAUUCCAGUCCUGCAGUGGGCCAAACAUGUGACCUCUGCAGAGCACCAGCGCCUGAGCCAGUACCCAGGAGCACAUGGUUGGGGAGGGAUCAACUACCAAGUAAAGCUUGCACUGGUGGAAUCACUCUCGGUCCUCAGCUCCUCUGCUAACAGGCAGAUGUUGGACGAUUGGAGGAGUCGUAGUAACAACUCUGAAUGCAGCCGCUGUGCUGUGGUGGGAAAUGGAGUACUGAAGGACUCCAAAAAAGGGAAAGAGAUCGAUGCUCACCACUAUGUCUUCAGAACCAACGGAGCAAUCAUUAAGGGCUUUGAGCAGGAUGUGGGGUCUCGGACCACCCACUACACCUUCUCCACAAACACCUUGAUGAACUCCAUGAGGAGCUACGCAGACGCCGGAUACACUGGACCCCCAGUGUCCCAGGAAACCCGUUAUGUUUUCCUGCCAGAUCAUGACCGGGAUUACCUGCUGGUGAAGGCGGCAGCAACCCACACGGUAGUGGAGAGGGGCCCCGAGAGGGACGAACGUCCAUCGAAGUACUUUGGGGAAGACAUAUCGGCAGAGAAGCUGAAGAUGUACCACCCAGAUUUCAUCCGUUACCUCAGAAACCGAUUCCUUCGAUCGCAUGCUAUGAACACCAAAUAUAGGGAUAUCUACCGCCCAUCAACAGGUGCUAUCAUGCUGCUGGCUGCACUGCACACCUGCGACCAGGUGAAUGCGUACGGCUUCAUGACCCCAGACUACGCUCAGUACUCGGACCACUACUACGACAGCUCCUACCACUCGGUGGCCUUCUACAUCAACCACGACCUGCGGAUGGAGAUGGCUUUGUGGCAGCAGCUGCACCAGGCGGGCCUCAUUCGCCUCUACAUGCACCACUGAACCCAGGGACGUCUGCACGGCAUCGUCGGCAGGGGCUUCCAGCACUUCCAGCCUCAAUAUUUUCUGUUUUUAUUUUGUUGAACAAAAUUUGUUCUAUAAAAUUUUGAAUUUUAUUAAAAUCUAGAUUUUUAUUUCUCAGAAUUUUAAUUUAUUUUCCUUUUUUGUGUUUUAAUCAGAAAAUGUCAAUUGUUUUUGUGAUUUAACUGUAUUUUUAACAUUUUUAGGAUUUUUUUCUUUCAUCUUUUCCAUUUUGUUUUUUUCUUCAAUGGGGGAAGUUAUGGAAGAUGUUAAAAGAAGUCGAUAUGUUCAAUUUAACUUUUGCACUUUAUCAUUAACUUUUGACCUUGUACCUAAAAUUCUGAAUGUUCAUUUUCAAUAUUUCUGGUUUGUUUCAUCCUGUAUUUAUGAAACUUAGAAUUUUUGUGAACAUCCAAAAAUCAAUUUGUUUAAAAAAAAUCCCACACAUUUUUUUCAACAUUUUGUUGAAUUAAGAGUACAUUUCAAACGGUCACCUUGACUUUAUUCCUAACAUGUCAUAUUUCCCAAAAGUCAGUCCUCUUGAAGUUGAAGUAAAAAAAAAGUCUUUACUAACAGAAUAGAAUAGAGUAGCUUUUAUAGUCAUUAUACAGGUGUACAACGAAAUUGGAGAGCUUCUCCUUCAGUGCAAGGUAAUAAGGUAAAAGUAUAAAUAAUUACAUGAAAGUUGCAGCAACCACAGCGGCAGAGUUGUCAAUAUUGCACAUUUGCGUUUACGCUAGUGCCCUGAGUUGUUGUACAGCCGAGUUCAGGGUGGUGACGGCUCUCAGGAAGAAGUGGUUUUUCAGUCCGUUUGUCUUUGUUUUGAUGCACUUGCCAGUGCCUGCCAGAGGGAAACGGGUCAAACAGAAUGGACCUUUAAUGUGAGAUCUGCUGGAGACUGAAGUUCUGUGUCGGAAACGUCAUUGUCUUGGACGUAAGGCUUAAUUGAAUAAUGCUGACUUCUGGAGUCUGUUGUCUCUGACUGAAGGAAAUGGACGAGCUGCUGUGGUUCUGCAGCUUUAAAGCAUGCAUGCACAUGGCUGUUCCUGAUCUGCAGGUUUAAAUAGGACCAGAUGAAACUGAAAGGUCUCACACAGGAACUCAGAUGUUUCUCCUCUUUGCUCUCCAGAUUUACUUUGAUUGGAAUAAUCCAUUUUAUGUUUGAUGUGCCCAGGGUACUUUGAGUGUCCAGUCCAAUGGUUUACUGACCUUUCAUAUAGUUCAUUAAGCUAGAAAAGUGUUAUGAGUGAAUCGGUGUCAUGUUUUAUGACUGGCAUCAACAUUUCACUUCAACAUUCUUCCUGUGUACCAUUUUCUACUGAACUUUGACCUUUGGAUGCCACUAAAAAUCUCUUUGUGGAUUCAAGUCAGUCACCUGGUGACCUUUGGACUCAAUUCACCUCAACAAACUGCUUCUUAUUGUCCGUUCAGCCUUUUAAAGGAAUGAAUGAUCCACAUUUCAGCGACUUCACUGCUUUUGAACAACUGAACGUUUCCAGACAGGAUCAUGUUGUUCCACCCAGUGGGCUGACCAGGGUCCAAACUGCUGCGGAGCUGACCACUGGUUCCCACCCUCAUCAGGUUCUGAGAGUGUGGAUGGAAAGAAACAGGCGAUCACUUUAAAUCUGACUGGGACAAAGAAUCAAGCCUGACUUUACUCAUGAUUUUCUUCUUUUGUUUCAAAAGAAGUUUUGUCUGUAUUGAUGUGGGCUCUGGUGGACCUUCAGUGCCUUCUAAUGUGAAUCAGCAGGUCACGAUGGGAACGUUUUCCACACGCCGCUGGAACCUCCUCUUCUUCCCCGGGUUUGGAUUUCAAGCCAGUCACUGAGGACUCGUCUGGUUUAGCCAGUGUACCUGGAAAGGCCUUUCUCUGUAAAUACCACAUCCUGUUGGACUGCGAUGGAAAAAGAAACCAACCAAAAACAGAAAAUCAGGGAAUUUGUUUAAAUGAAAACUUUUGUUCUUAAUUAUUGCGUCUGCAGACUUGUCUGGUGAGCUGAACCACUGACUCUUGUUUUGACACACUGCAACUGGCGGGGUGGAAAACCUCUGAAUGUGUUGUUACUUUGUCAAAUCUGUUUGAAUAUAAGUUAUGGAUGUAAUUUU